GUGAGUACGUCUGCUUCUUGUUAGCGAUCGUCUGGAUGAAGGAUGGCCAAACUGCGUCCAGUGACUCCGGAGCACCUCAUCUCUGCAGAGCCGCUCCAUGGAAGUCCACGUUCCACGGGCGGCGAGGGCUGGGAGCCUGACGGGCUCGGCUACGGGAAGCCACGAGCACUGACAGAGAACAGCUCGGGUCUCCCUCCGGCGGACGGGAUCAGCGAGGCUGGCGAAGUGUUUCCGAGAGACGCUCACUCCAGUAGUCUCCGGACGGAGCCCGACAUGGACACCAUAAUGCCGCUCCGCCACGGGACGAGUCAGAUGGCUAAUGUCGUCAGUCCCGCCAGCAGCGAAGAGGACUAUUUAGAAGGUGUGGAUGGAGUGAAAGCAGGGGGCAGUAGAGGGUACCUAAGACUCUCCAGCAACUUCACAACUGUAGAGCAUCCUCUUUUGGAUAGUGAUUUCUUUGAAGGAGAUAUCACAGCCCAGGCUCUGGCUGUCUGCAAACGAAGAGUGACUCCACCCUUACUACAUCUUCCUGAAACUUAAGCUGUUGUUGUGUGUGCUAGUUGUCCAUGUAAAGGGCCCGCCGGUGUUUGCACGGCAGUUUGUUCCCCCAGUGGGUUGGAGGAAGCUGAGGAUCAGUCAGUACGACCUGGAGCCUCCUCUCUGGCAGAGGAUCCUCAACACUGUGUGGCCGUCCCUCAUCUGCCUCCUCCUCCUCACCUCAUGUGCCACACAGAUCAUCACCUGCUUCCGCAGGGACCAGGUACAGGUAUUCCCCAAGAAUGGCUCCGACGGAGUGAUGCACUACCACGUCAGCUGUGAGAGACACAUACUCACCUCCUUCCUCAUCCCCGACCUCCUCCUAUUCUCCGCCUUCAUCUACGGCCUCUACAUCUUCCGCUGGGGCCAGACCGAGCAACUCACCACUCUCACUGAAGCUGUGUUCCUGGGAAUCAUGAGCAGAAGUAGCGGUCGCUACUGUCACAAGCGGCUGACUCGAACUCUGCAGCUGAUGAUGGUGAUCGGAAUAGCCUGGGUCGUCUUCUCCUUCGGUGUCAACGUCUUCAGAAGCCAGUCCCUCCAUCUCCUGGACGCCAAUACCCAGAUACAGUGGAUCCCCUCGUACCGCUCUGACACUAACAGCUCCAACCUGAUAGAGAGAUGGGUGUUUGUGGUUGUGACUCUGCUGGGGUUUGUGGUUCUGGACAUGGCGUACGCUGCAGUGGUCAUCAACUACUCCACCCAGUGCCAGCUUCUCGUCUUCCUCUUCUCCUCCAUCUGCGAGCGGAUCAGAGCCAAAGACUGGGGCAUCGAGCGAACCAUCAAGGAGCUGAAGAGUGCUAGAGAAUUUCUGAGCAUGCUCAACAGCCACCUGUCGCGGGCCGUCUCACUCCUCCUCUUUAUCUUUCUCACGACCUCUGUCCAGGCAAUAUGGGGCCUACAGAGCGUCAAAAAGGAGCAAGAAAACUUUACUCUCGAGGUCACUACUGGACUCCUCUCCAUAGUCCAAUGGUCCUUCAUGUUGGUGCUACCUCUCAUCCAGGCGUCGCGAGUGACUCGAGCAGCUGCUCGACUGAAGAAGGUGGGACUGGAGGUGCGGUCUCGGCCGUACAGCUACCUGGAUACUCCACAACUCGACCUCGACUCCCUGGUUCUCUAUACCACCAGCCUCAAAAUGAGUGCUAAAUUGGUCAACCUCCCGAUCUCUCCCUCAGUGGUGGGUGUCCUCUUCUUCACAGUGGGGGUUGUUCUGUUCCUGGUGUUCCAGUUGGACACCUACCAUUGGGCCGUCUGGCUCUAGUCCCAUUCCCAGAACCCCAUUCUCAUUCCAUCCAUUUCUAUUCCACUGACUGGACGAGGUUGGAGAGGGCUGUGCUGGCAGAGGUGUCCCUGUGGGUCUCUGAGAAGUUGAGUCCCGUCUCCAGGCAGGCAGCCAGCCGCGGAUCCAGGGGAACUCGACCUACAGAGAAAUAUUGCGAGAGUCUUAGAGCUCAGAGGAUUGUAAAUAUUGAGAAAAAGGGUCAUGGAUUGACGUCCAACACUGCUCCCCCCCAUAAUGGAAACCCCCC